CUAUUUUUCGAUACCAAUUCUAUAAAACAUGACAACCUUACAAAUCUUUUUUUUCCCAGCUCCUUUAACCCUGAGGCACACUCUCAUAAAACAGAAUUUCUAUGACGCAUGCUGCAUUGGCUCACUGACGCUGAUGGGAUUUGCUCAUAGGGUUAAUUACUCCUAUUGCGAUUUUGUGUUGGAGACACUUUUCUUUUUCGAUACUCGAUGCUAUGGAGGCAAUUUGGUCGGUGCCUAAAAUGAUCAAAGUUCGGUAUCCAGCUCUACUGACUUACAUCCCAUAUGUUCUUGUUUUGAUGGACAUGAGAUAUGAAGGAGUGAAAUGUCACAGGUAUGGGAGUGUAGACAGUCAUAUGCUGAUGGGGAAGAAACUGCUCGAUACUGGCCAGCUAGCUGAUGCCCUCUCUCAUUUCCAUGCUGCUGUGGAUGGAGGUCCCAAAAACUACAUGGCCUACUACAGGAGAGCUAUAGUCUUUCUAGCAAUGAGGAAGUCAAAGUCUGCACUGCCAGAUUUGAGCAGAGCUAUUGAACUCAAACCAGACUUCACAUCUGCUCGCCUUCAGAGAGGAACUCUCCAUCUGAAGCACGGGAGACUAGACGAAGCAAAGAGGGACUUGAAGAAGCUGGUAUUAGAGAUCGAGUGAUACUGGUUCUUCAAUACCGAUUAUUUGUAAUUAUAAGUUAAUGAAACCGAUAACUGAUAUUUUGAAGAGUUUGGAAUGUUUCAAACUCCAAUACAACACUUUGUUUAAAUGCUUUUAGCAAUUAUAAAAUAAAUGAGAAAUAAUCCCUAGUAAAAG